UUUCUGACUAUGAAAGGCACGGCUUUUUCUCCAUCUUCAAUUCGCAACUGUCUCACAACACAGACCUCCACUCUCAGCUCCUCCCUGUCUAUAAAAAUCCCAGCCCCUUCUUCAUCUUCAACUGGCAACUCUCCCAUAGCAACACAGACCUCCAGUCUCAGCUCUUUCUGUUUGUACAAAUCACAUCUCUUUCUCUAUCGUCGACUUGCAAAUCUCUCAGAAUAGCUAAGGUAAAUGCUAGGAGAGCACUAAAUAUGUGUUGUAAAACCAUUAAAAGACAGAGACAAUAGUCCCACAAGUCAUGACGUAGCUUAUUAAAAAACUCAAAAUGAUAUCAAAUUACUUUGUCUCCACGCUUGAGAGACGCCAACGCCAAACUUCCAAGACAAUCCCGUCGCUCCUCAAACAUCAAGCCACCCAUCACCCAGGUUUCCCUGCUGUAGCGUUUUCCACCGGUAGCAGCUAUCAAAUAUUCAUUGAGACACGCUGUGUCGGCCUCCUCUGUACCAGCUCCAUCGAAUUCCUCGUCACCUGGCUAGGUCUCGUCCAAGCUGGUCAUUCGGUCCUUUUAAUUGCGUAAGUCAUCCACCCUUAACAAAAACUCUGACAUCAAUAGACCUCAAUCUCCAUCUGCGAUAAAUUCUCUUUGCAAAUCAUGCAAUGUAUCACGACUAUAUCAUGACGUAGCCUAUUCCAGUCUCGCCAAGGAAUCGGGAAUUCAGGCACUUCCGAUUCCAAAACCCGGAAUAUUCAAAGAAAGUGAAGUCUCAUCUAAUGACAUUGCAUUCAUCCAUCAUUCCUCUGGAACCUCCGGCAACCCCAAACCAAUCCCACAAACCCACCACGGAGCCGUUGGCGUCUUACCAUCCUUGAAUGGCCAAAAUGCUGCAACCUUCACGACCACCCCUCUCUACCAUGGAGGUAUUGCUGAUUGUCUCAGAGCAUGGACAAGCAAUGCUCUCAUUUGGCUUUUCCCCGGCGAUAUUCCCAUAACUUCGACUACAAUCCUAUCUUGCCUAGAAAUUGCCGGGAGGGUUGAUCCCCCAGUGCGAUAUUUUUCCAGCGUUCCAUACGUCCUACAAAUGCUGUCCGAAACUCCCGAAGGUCUCCAAGCACUGCAAAGCAUGGAAUUAGUAGGAGUUGGUGGAGCGGCUCUUCCAGAAUCCGUGGGAAACCAACUGGUCAGCGAAAAUGUCAAUCUGGUAUCCCGAUUCGGCAGUGCAGAAUGCGGGUUUCUACUCUCCUCUCACCGGGACUACCCAGUUGAUAAAGACUGGCAAUACCUACGAGCAAGCUCCCGUCACCUCUUCUUUGAACAACAAGAAUCCGGUCUAUCAGAACUGAUAGUCCUGCCGGACUGGCCCCACAUGGUAAAGAGAAACAGGCCCGACGGAAGCUAUGCCACCUCUGAUUUGUUUGAACCACACCCGACUCUCAAGAACGCCUGGAAGUAUCACAGCCGAAGUGACGCCCAGAUAACACUUCUCACCGGGAAGAAGUUCGAUCCAGCACCAAUAGAGGAUGAAAUCAAAUCCACGUCAGCGGUUGUCAAAGACAUCUUCAUUUUCGGAAACGGCAAGCAAAUCCCAGGAGCGAUUGUAUUUUCAGACGGCAUCCAGGCAACCGAGGCUUUGAGAGACGAAAUAUGGAAAGACUUGCAAACCACAAAUUCGAAGCAGGCAGCCCAUGCAAGAAUAACCCAGAAUAUGUUUGAAAUCAUAUGCAAACCAUAUGCUCCCCUUCAACGAAGCAGUAAAGGAACUCUACUGCGAAGUCACGUCGAAAGCAGAUAUGAGUCGAACAUCAGAGAAAUGUACGAGCCUAGUGCCACGAAAAACUUGGGUCACUUAUUACCAAUCGAGAACGUCGAUUCUACUGUCAGAAGGAUCAUCUCAGAAAUCGUUGGGGGUGAUAUUGCAGAUGAUGCCGACUUCUUCCAAUCUGGGAUAGAUUCGAUAAAGGCAGUACAGAUUCGGUCAAGACUACAGGAGGCAUUUGGUCAUAAUUGCCUUCCCUGGAAUAUCGUUUACGACUGUCAAAACGUGGAACAACUAAUCCGGUAUUUCGCUGAGGAUAAGGCCAUUGUCGGCCCUGAAAAUCCUGGCCAAGAUGUUGUGAUGACCCAACUUGCUGAGAAGUAUUCGCGAUUUGACGUCCCUAAAGCGGCAGAUCUUGCACAGACUGGAGACAGCUCUUUCACUGUUAUCUUGACUGGCGCGACCGGCGGACUCGGAGCUCAUAUCUUGAAUACACUUCAGGACAACCCUUCCGUGAAUCGUAUUGUGUGUUUAGUCCGCGCUACGGGCAACAAUGAAGCUCGGGCAAGAGUCUCGAAGAGCUUGACAGAACGCAAAUUCCCAUCAUUGUAUCCAAAUUCAGGCGACAAAGUACUCUGUAUGCCAGUACAGCUUGACCAUCCCAACUUGGGAUUAUCUGCGGAAGCCAUCUGCAAUCUGAGAAACACAGUUACGCACAUUAUUCACGCGGCAUGGGCUGUCAAUUUCUCUUUACCCCUCCAAUCUUUUGUCAAAGAACACCUCGCAGGCCUACAGAAUCUCAUAAGUCUAGCAGCCUCUUGUCGGAACUUUCAACAUUUCAUUUUUUGUUCCAGUACAGCCAGCGUGAUUGGCCAAGCCCUUUUGGAAAACGAUCUUCUGAUUCAAGAGCAAAUUUGCACGACGGCACCACCAGACGGUUCUUUGGGCUAUUCCAAGAGUAAGUGGGUUGCAGAAGCAAUUUGUUCAAAAGCCUCGGCUCUCCCACAAAUGGCUUCCAAGAUAAGCGUGGUUCGAAUUGGCCAACUCACAGGUGACACUCGAAAUGGGGUUUGGAACAGAUCAGAAGCUUGGCCAUUGAUGCUUUCCACCACCAAAGAACUCGGCUGUCUCCCUAGACUAGACGAGAAACUCAGUUGGCUUCCAGUUGAUUCUGCUGCUCGUGCAGUGGUCGACAUAUCGUUUCUAGGAGCUGCUUCACGAUCCGACAACCCAUGCACUGUAUACCAUGUGAUCAAUAACGACCGAUCAGUUUCAUGGACUGAUUUAGUAAGGUGGAUCAACAAGUUGACGGAGGAAAAGAUUUCAGUUGUUGAUCCUGGUAUUUGGCUCGCCAAACUUGAAAAGGUCGACCAUCCUGCACGGAGCCUGCUAGGUCUAUGGGAGAAAAGCUUUAAAAAAGAGGCACCAGUGCAAAGUGAUGGAUCUUCGAACACCAGACAAGUCAUUGUAUUCGACACGAAGAAUGCGACAAACGCCAGUCGAUCAAUGCAGGAUAUUCGGCCUGUGGAUGAAAUAUUGGUUGGGAAGAUCUGGAAUUGGCUGAACGAAAGUGAUUAAGAAUAUCGAGGUGGACUGUACAUACGAAACUGGAAUCACAAACAUGAGAUUGGACUAUCGUUUCUUUGACCUUGACCGUGCUAUUAAGGCUCCACCGGUUCUACUUGUAAUUUGUUGCAGGAACAAAACAUGUG